ACCAAUACCCAAUAUUGCACAUUGAAAUGAAUCCAUUUGCGAGUCUCUGAGCAAACUGCUGUCUUUGUUUGGUCGUCUCUUGUAUCUCGCCAGUCUUCGCGCAACCAGGAAGACUGACGCGACUGUUGUGAACGGAAUGAAAGGUCAUCCAAGGAUCACAGAGCACAAUCCAACAGUUCCGUGCGAACAUUGCUGCCUCAUCCCGACGUUCGCAAACACUCCGCUCCCUCCGCUCCUGACUUCAGAAUCCACACAAUGUCCCUCGCCCUAGCCGCCCCCGCCUCGCUCCCUCGAUCUCCACCAUCACCCACAGCACCCGCAACAGAAACGUCAACCAUCCCACAACCACCACAACCCCAACGCAGUCUAAUCGUGCCCCCGCUGAACUUUGCGAUGGUCGCGCCCGGGGUGUAUCGAUCGGGGUAUCCGAAUCGGAAGAAUUUUCCGUUUUUGCAGACGUUGAGGUUGAGGUGUAUUAUGUAUCUAUGCGAAGACGACUAUUCAGCCGACAACAUCGAAUUUCUGGAACGGGAAAAUGUUAGGGUUCUUCAUGUGCGGAUAUCGGGGAAUAAGGAGCCGUUCGGCGAGAUGGAUCACCGGGACAUUGCCGCGGCGUUGGUUCAAGUGCUUGACACACGAAAUCAUCCAAUACUGAUACAUUGCAAUAAAGGCGCCUACCGCAUUGGCUGCCUCGUCGGCUGUCUCCGCAAACUCCAGAACUGGUCGCUCACGUCCAUCUUUGAUGAGUAUCGACGGUUUGCCGGGCCGAAGAUCAGGAUCGCGGAUCAGGAGUUCAUCGAAGUCUACUCAGAACCAGUCCAAUAUGCGAAAGACCACGCCCCGUCGUGGCUCUAACCACCACACCCCUGCGAGAUAGCGUAGCGGGGCGUUGGGAUACCGGAUCGAUACACUGUCAUCGGGUAGAUCGCGCCAGGAACCCUCCCGCUUUCGACAUAUGUAGGUGGUUUCUCGAGGGUUGCGUGGAAGGAGGAGCGAUGCCACGGAGCCGCACCGCAGCUCCACGUUGCAUCGCCCUGCUCACAUCGCCCCAUUCCCGAUCUCGCCAUCGACAAUCCGAUGACUACUAUCGCGCGUGGUGAUGCCGGCCGCCGACUGACGAAGGGGCGAACCGGGACGAAUUUCGUUUGGCACGACUAACCUCCCCCCGCCAAGGGCCAAACAUCCUGGCACGAAUUUGACCUCUUCGAUCCACCAGCUUCGACUGGCGCUGUGCUGGGCCGUGCUAUAUCACACCAUGACAUAUACAACGGGGGGUGUGCGUUAUGGCUCCCAUCGAAAAAAAUCGAAUGAAAUCAAA